AUGGUGGAUCAAGUGCUGCUGUCACAUUGGGCAAAUAGGAUCGAAGCUCGAGGAAACCCGCAAAAUGAGGACAUGAAUGUGUUUUUGCUUGCAAUGGAGGAAAUUAUUGAUGAUGUGCCCCCUAGUUACCGACAGAUGGUAGAUUUAUCAGAGUUUCAGAUCGGAUUUCUUAUUGACCAGCUGGAGGGGGAAUGGAAGACUUUUGCGCAAUGGUUAUGGCAGGACUGGGAAGACGACUCUCUACGUGAAUUCUGCGCAAGAAUGCGGAACGAGCAUCAGGAUCUACUCGGGGACGUUAUGGAUGAGGAGGAACAGGCAGAGAUUGCUGCAAAUCUCGCGGAUGAGGUCAUAGAUAUUAGCUCUGAUGAGGAAUCAGAUGAGGAAUCUCAGGAAGUCCAAGAUGAUGACGAAGGACCCCCGGUAGCAUCCGACAGUGACGGGGACCACAAGGAGUCAUGGAUGGUGAAUACACGAAGGCUACGGGACGCAGCUCAUGACGUAAGUGGAAGAAGAGAAGGAAAUAAUCUCGAAGAUCAGGAUGAUCGCAGGAAUCACUCAGGAGGGAACAGAAGAUACGUCGGGGAAUCGAGCUCCAGUGAGGACCGAUUUGAGCGAAUGGAGCGAUUUUUAGAAAAUAUGCUAACAUACGUGAGUCGAGAGGAGCCUACACGGCACACGACCACAGCUUUGGAGCGAUACCGACAUUUGAGACCCCCUGUGUUCAAAGGAAGGACAGGCGAUGAUCCUAGCUCAGCCGAGUAUUGGCUGGAGCAGACCGAGAAACUACUUCAACAUCUCCAAUGCAGUGAAGAGGAGAAGGUGAGGUGUGCAACCUACACACUGGAAGAAGAAGCAGGUCGGUGGUGGCAGUCUACCGAACGAUCAUUAAUAAGGUCUCAACAGGAGCGUGAAGCUGAGAAUGAGGAUGUACCAACCUAUACUUGGGCGGGAUUCAAGGAGGAGUUUAACGCCAAGUAUUUUUCCAAGAGUUGGAAGGAAGAAAGAAUUUGGGAGUUUAUGAGGCUCAAGCAGACAGGAGAGAUGACUGUGAGUCAAUAUGAUAAUCGGUUCAUUCAACUGAUUAAGUAUGUACCCAUGUAUGAGACUGACGAGAGUCAGAAGGCACAAAAGUUUGUUUCAGGACUACAAGAACAUCUCCAACAAGUUUUAAGUGGAUGGGACGUUGAAACUUACAAAGAAGCAUUGCACCGAGCUUUGACCAUUGAGAGAAAUCUGACACGAGCCAAGAUCAUCAAGACAGAGGAAGGAAGUAAGAGCGGUAAACUAGGCAGUCCGACGACUCAACCAAGGGAUGACGGGAAGUGUCCUCGAUGUAAGAGGAAACACCCUGGGAAGAGAUGUGUCUUGCGGUGCUAUGGAUGCGGCGAAGAAGGUCACAUUGGGAGAAAUUGCCCAAAGAUCAAAGCAAUGCCCCAGGUUGGGAAUCAGGGAAAGGUGGUGUGUUACAAUUGUGGUCAACCAGGGCAUAUCUCGCGCGAUUGCUCAAAAAGACAGAAGAUGGAACCACCGAGUGGAAGUGCACAAAAUGUUCGUCCAGGCCGAGUGUACAAUCUGACUUGUGAGGACGCUGAGGCCGAUCCUGCAGUUAUUGAAGGUACACUGUUCUUUUCGAAUAUUCCAGCUCAUGCUUUAAUUGAUCCAGGUGCUACGCAUUCAUUUGUGUCGCAUGCAUCAUUAGAAGGUUUAAAAUUAGAACCUAAGGAAUUGGGUUAUCAAAUGGUAAUAGCCACUCCUAUGGGUUCAACUCUAAGAACUGCAGUAGGGUGCCGCGAGUGUAUUUUUAGUAUGGGAUCGGAAAGUUUUAAGAUUGAUUUAGUGGUAUUAGACAUUCAAGAUUUCGACAUAAUUAUCGGUAUGGAUUUCCUAUCGCUACAUGAGGCUAAAAUAGAUUGUAAGAGUAAGACCGUGAGCUUACCCAAGCUUAACAGAGAAUGGGUGGUGUUCCAGGGUCAAAGUAGGAAGACUAAGAGAGAAAAUGGCGUGAUUCUGCACACAUUGCAAUCAGCCAAACCCGAAUCAGGAAAGAAAAGUCUCAAGUUGGAAUCAGUGAGGGUCGUGAAUGAGUAUCCUGAGGUAUUUCCUGAGGAAUUACCAGGAUUACCUCCCCAAAGAGAAAUUGAAUUUUCGAUAGAUCUUAUACCAGGUACACAGCCAAUAUCCAUACCUCCGUACAAGAUGGCCCCAGCUGAGAUGAGGGAAUUGAAGGAGCAAUUACAGGACUUGACCGACAAAGGAUUUAUCAGACCAAGUGUGUCACCCUGGGGAGCUCCGAUAUUGUUCGUGAAAAAGAAAGAUGGUACCCUACGUAUGUGUACUGACUACCGACAGUUGAACAAGGUAACUAUAAAGAAUAAAUAUCCUUUGCCUAGGAUUGAAGAGUUGUUUGACCAACUCCAAGGAGCUAGAGUAUUUUCUAAGAUAGAUCUUCGGUCUGGGUACUAUCAAAUGAAGAUCAAACAGGAAGAUGUGCCCAAGACUGCGUUUCGGUCACGGUAUGGUCACUACGAAUAUCUAGUGAUGCCGUUUGGAUUGACCAAUGCACCUGCUGCAUUUAUGGAUUUAAUGAACCGAACGUUUAGACCAUACCUGGACAAGUUUGUAAUAGUGUUCAUAGAUGACAUUCUGAUAUACUCUGCAAGUGAGAGUAAUCAUGAAAAACAUUUAAGGAUAGUCUUGCAGACUUUAAAAGACCACAAAUUGUACGCCAAGUUCUCGAAAUGUGAAUUUUGGCUUACUCAAGUAGCAUUUCUUGGACAUAUAAUUUCUGCAGAAGGUAUAGCUGUCGAUCCAGCAAAGAUAGAAGCAGUUCAAAAAUGGCAAGCACCUAAGACCGUUGGGGAGAUCCGAAGUUUUCUUGGACUAGCUGGAUACUAUAGAAGGUUUGUAGAAGGGUUUUCAAAGAUAUCGGCUCCACUUACUCGAUUGACGCAGAAAGAAGUUAAAUUUGAAUGGGAUGCUAAAUGUGAGCAAAGUUUCCAAGAACUUAAGGCACGAUUAACCACGGCACCGAUUCUAGCAAUGCCAACGGAGGCAGGAAAGUUUGUGGUGUAUAGAAAGGCGAACAUAGUUGCAGACGCUCUUAGCCGAAGAAGCUCCGAAAUUGUGGCUAACAUGAUGAUCGAGGAAUUUAGCCACCUAACAGUAGGUGUUAAGCCUAAACCAAUCAAGGGAUAUAUGGCAAAUCUGACAAUUCAACCUGAUGUGGUGAAUCAAAUCAAAUCAGCUCUUCAGUCAGACACAAGAAGAAGUCAGUAG